GGUGGUGAGGCGCUCCCGGGUCCCCCAGUCUCCAGACGGUGAGGAGGACCCCGCCCGCCCAGAGUCGGGAGCCGCCCCGCGGGGCGUUGCCAGGUCGGCCGGUUGCGCAGCAACGGCGGGCAGCGCGUGACGUGCGCAGCCGCGUUUGGGCCCGAGGCGCGCCCGCGCGCCCGCCCCCUGGUAGGCGCCCGCCCCCUGGUAGGCUCGCGCCCCGCGUCGCCUCUCGGCUCGGUCGCUCGGUCCCGCUGCUGUGAGGAGGACGCUCGGCAGACUCGGCGCCUGUCGGCUCCCUCUCCCGCGCCUCUGCGACCGACGCGGCGAAGAUGGCCUCAGGAGUGCAAGUUGCUGAUGAAGUAUGCCGCAUUUUUUAUGACAUGAAAGUUCGGAAGUGUUCCACACCAGAAGAAAUCAAGAAAAGAAAGAAGGCUGUCAUUUUUUGUCUCAGUGCAGACAAAAAGUGCAUCAUUGUAGAAGAAGGCAAAGAGAUCUUGGUUGGAGAUGUUGGUGUAACCAUAACCGAUCCUUUCAAGCAUUUCGUGGGAAUGCUUCCUGAAAAAGAUUGUCGCUAUGCUUUGUAUGAUGCAAGCUUUGAAACCAAGGAAUCCAGAAAAGAGGAGUUGAUGUUUUUUUUGUGGGCACCAGAACUAGCACCUCUGAAAAGCAAAAUGAUCUAUGCAAGCUCCAAGGAUGCGAUCAAAAAGAAAUUUCAAGGGAUAAAACACGAAUGUCAAGCAAAUGGACCAGAAGACCUCAACCGGGCUUGUAUUGCGGAAAAGCUAGGUGGAUCCUUAAUUGUAGCUUUUGAAGGAUGCCCUGUGUAGAUCAUCAUUCAGUGCCACAAAUUGAAAGCUUCUGUGUUUAAUGUUCUCCUCUUGCUAUAUAAGUAAAGCAAAUACGUUUAGGCCGGGGACUUACUGUGGGGGGCUGUCUUGUCAUCAGUUAGAGUAAACCCACUAUUCUGUGAACAUGUGCAGAUGGCCCUAAAUAAAUCUGAAAUCUAAAGUUUUAUUGGUGUGAAACUAUAAAUUCUUAUUGGCCAAAUGCCUGUUUUGAUGAGUUGGCUUGUAAAGAUUUUUGUUAAGCUCAUGAUUUUUAAAUAACGCAGUUCACAAAACUGUACAAGGCCCUACGGAGAGAACUGUUGCAUCUUUGUUAACGUCAGCAGUUACUUUGUUUCUUUUGCUUAAAGAGUUGAUCAUAAUCUGGUUAUAAUUUUGGUCCCAAUUCUUUAUUCUCUGCUAAGCUAAAUUGAAGAAUGGAAAGUAAUUCUCCCCAUUAACAGCACUGAUAGACUAACUACAGGAAGAUUAAGUCAGGCGGCCCCUUGAUUCUACCAGACACGCCACGAGGCUGCCUGGAAACGGCGUACGCUUAGAACCAGCAGCGCUCAUCUUGCAAAGCACGAUUUCAAGCACGUGGUUGGAACACAGGAAGCAGCUCCCGCAUCUGCGGUGAGCUGUCCCCUCACUGGUCUGGAGGCUGUUCAGAGAGUGAUCUCGCACCUUGGAAAUCAGGAGACUCCACUGUCUUGUAACAACUAAUUGUAAUGCAAAUUAGGGCUCCGUUGUAACACACUUUGUUAAUGAAAACGGUUAAGAUGCUAUAUUGACAAACGGGAACACCCGUGAUGUCUUUAAUUAUGUCUCCUUCAGAACUUUGUUGCUUCUGGUACCAUAAGGUGUGGAAGAACAUUAUAUAGAGUACGUUUACUCUGGGGCCUGGGAGAACGUGAUUUCCUAGAGCAGUUUGCCGACUGCAUGUGAGGCGGGGAGCAGGUGUGAUGGACGACACCCACAGGAGGCCACUGCCCGAUGACACUUGGAAGAGAUUGUCUUUAACACCACAGGCGUAACACUUUGAACAAUAUAGAGAUGCACGAACAGUUGAGUUUAGAAGUAGCAGUACUGGCUUUAUGUAAUAAAGGAAGCAUUUUUAACUUC